GGCCUAAUUCCCCCCCCUACCCCCUUCACGGGACUAUCGGACUAACGGCGACGACUCCGAGGGAGUGCCCCGGGGGGGGGGGUCAAAUAAAACAAUUGUUGCUUUUCUAUAAUAUUCAACUAUCUUUGGGCACAAAUUAUAAAUACGGAAACAUUCGGGGGCCUAAUUUGUUUUUUUUCCCGGCACGACGAUUGAUCGAUCAUCAUCAAUGGGGGUGAAGACGAGCCGAGACCGAUAAACAAUGGGAGAGCCUGCGAUCCGUACCAUCGUCGAAGCGAUUCACUCUUCUCCGACGCAGGCCGUCGUCUAUCUUUCCGGCGGUGCCUCUCUGGCGUUAGGUUGGUUGAUGUCGGUUCCUGGAGCUUCGAACACGCUUCUCGAAGCCGUGGUUCCUUAUUCUAGUGUAUCGAUGGUCCAAUUACUCGGAAGGGUUCCGAGCCAACACUGCAGCCAAGCCAUGGCCAAGGAGAUGGCCUUGUUAGCCUACAAUCGGGCCCUUAAGCUCUCGAAACCAGUAAUAUUGAUAGGAGCCCCCGAUUGGUCUAACUCUGGUGGAGUUUUAGGAUAUCCGGUUCUUGGUGUGGGUUUUACGGGAUCUUUGGCAACUUCUCGUCCAAAGCGUGGGGAUCACAGGUUCUUUUUGUCUAUGAGAGCAUCCGACCGGAUCUGGGAAUCAUCAGUCACUCUAACCAAGAACCUACGGAGCCGAGAGGAAGAAGAUAAGGUGUCAAGCUGUGCCCUCAUCCAGGCUAUGGCCAAGGCAUGCCAAGUUUCUGGCUCACUUGACUCUGGCUUGACCGAGUCUGAGGUGCCUUAUGAGUCUGAAACCCAGUUUAGUGAAGAACAAGAAAUAGAGCAGCUUAUAAAUGGGCAGUUGUGCUGUAAGAUUUAUUCAUUUUCUGGGGAGGCAUACGGUACUGAUGGAGAUAGAAAGAUUAUACUGCCUGGCUCUUUUAACCCAUUACAUGACGGUCAUCUCAAGCUGUUAGAAGUUGCUAUGAGUGCUUGUGGGGGCGGCGGGUACCCAUGUUUCGAGAUAUCCGCAAUAAAUGCCGACAAACCACCGCUUUCAGUUACACAGAUUAAAGAUCGGGUCAAGCAAUUUGAAGCAGUUGGAAAGACAGUAAUAGUUUCAAAUCAGCCAUACUUCUAUAAGAAAGCUGAACUCUUCCCAGGAAGCAGUUUUGUAAUUGGCGCAGACACUGCAGCAAGGCUUGUCAAUCCAAAGUACUAUGAAGGAAGCUACAAAAGGAUGUCGGAAAUACUUGGUGAUUGCAAACGGACAGGUUGCACUUUCCUUGUUGGUGGCCGCAAUGUAAAUGGUGUAUUUAAGGUUCUUGAAGAUCUGGAUAUUCCAGAGGAAAUAAUCGACAUGUUUAUCUCAAUCCCAGCAGAUAAAUUCCGGAUGGAUAUAUCCUCUACAGAGAUAAGGAAAAACCAAGGGGUUGUUACUUCAUAAUACACGAAUUGAUGAAUUUUCGACCCACAUUGAAGUGGUGGCUCGCAAGUGAAUUUGUUUAGUGCAGUUGCUUUUUGAUAUGAUCCGUCUUGUUUCAUUCUAUUAGUUAUUAUGGAAUGCAUACAGACGAGCUACAUCGACUUGGAAAAGGAUAUUUUCAUUGUUCUUGCCAUGCUUGUGUCAAAAUAAGAACCAACGUUCCAAUCUUGGUUUUAUGAUUGUCUGGCACCAUAUUCUGUUGCAGUUGCCUCAAAGUAUUACUAUCCAACCCUGGCUUGGUUUCUCAAAAGAAUUACAGAUUAAAAUCAAUCAAGAAUUCAGUUAUGCAGGCACACCUGAGCUUGGUGUGACUACUGCUGCUUUUAAGGAUUGGGGAGAUGUAUUUUCCACUUGAGUUCUACGAGACAAGUGCAGCAGCGCAGGUAUGUUGCUUCUGUGUCUGUCAAGGUUUCAGAUUCAAUGGGUACCAAUGCAGACACGUCUUCUCUUCCUAGUUCCACCUACUCAGCCACAACAAUUUGUAGAAAGUCGCGCGUGGGCAUUUACUGCAACGGUGGCAGAAGGACAUGAAACGUCUAUAUACAGUAUGUGGCGGAUCGCGGAUUUUUGGGUCUGAUCAUGUGGACAUAAUGAAUCCGGAUGGAUGGUAUGAGCAUUUACAUAAGGAAUGAGAUGGAAGGAGCAAUUCAGAGUUUCCUGGGAAACGUUUAAAGAGUGUGUGAAUAAUGUUCAACUUGUGACAGAGAAGCCUUCUUACAACUGUCUUUAUACCAGCCUGAUUAGAAUCUUUAAUCAUAUUACAUCCAGUAAUAGGGUUAGACCAAAUCUUGGAAUAGAUCCGAACGAUCAAAUUGUGGUGGUUAUUUCACAGAUUUCUGGAAAUAUGACAUUUUUAAAAUUGACGUACGAAUAUAAAUUAUAAUGUAUAGUUGUAUACAAAUGAAA